AUUCCGGUGAUCUGGCAAAAGGGCGAUGCGUCCAUGUAACGGGACUCCUCACAUCUGCGUUUACUGCCAUCAGCCACAAAGCCCAUGCUCACGGAAUCGAGUGUAAUAUAAACCUUAAGAUGCAGUUUAUGCUGCUCUUUAGCAGGCAGGGGAAGCUGCGGCUGCAGAAAUGGUACGUGCCGCUGUCGGACACACAGAAGAAGAAGAUCUCCCGGGAGGUCAUUCAGAUGGUGCUGGCACGCAAACCCAAGAUGUGCAGUUUCCUGGAAUGGAGGGAUCAGAAAAUAGUCUACAAAAGAUAUGCCAGCCUGUACUUUUGCUGUGCUGUGGAGGACCAGGAAAAUGAGUUGAUAACUCUGGAAAUAAUCCACAGAUAUGUGGAGCUGCUGGACAAAUAUUUUGGCAGUGUGUGUGAACUGGACAUUAUCUUCAACUUUGAGAAAGCCUAUUACAUCCUGGAUGAGUUCAUACUGGGUGGUGAAGCCCAGGAGACAUCGAAGAAGAUCGUUCUGAAGGCCAUAGAGCAGGCUGACAUGCUGCAGGAGGAAGCAGAGACACCACGUAGUGUUCUGGAGGAGAUUGGACUGACAUAAAUGAAGAGAACUCAUCCUACCCAAACACUAACACACAUCUUCCUUUUUUUUUCCUGUGGGCAUUUUCUCUACAUUUGUAUUUAGGUUAGCUCAAAAGUAGUGAUCAGUACUUCCUGCAUAAACAGUUAUAUAUUGACGCUUGUAUUUCUACUGCCAAACAUCUGAGGGAAUCAAGCACGUUGAAAUGUUGAUGCGACACUAUCUUAGUAGUUAUGCAAAUUUCCCAGUGUUCGGCUGUUUGGAUCAGUACAUGUGUAGCAAAGUUUAGUGUCAGCAUCCCCACACAAUGUCUUAUCUGUAGAUUUUAAGCAUUACCUCUCACCUUCAGCUGCCUUAAAACACUAAUUUCCAGCUCACACCGUUGCCAGUAUCUCAUGCAGCUCUCAGUAGAUCGGAGUCAAUGGGCUGUCACUGUUCAAGACCAAGCCUUGCUGAAGUGUUACGGACCAAACGUUCUUACUCGGCUCCAAAGGGGGAGAUAGAUAAUGUAACUCAGCAUUCAGAAUUUUUGGGCAUAAAUUCAUGGAUUGUAUUAAGGCACAAGUAAAGAUCAGUAUUAGUAAAGUCUUGACCAGAAACACUGUAAUGAUUUGUUCCCGUAAACCCUUAAUUGGUUCAGACAUAUCAGCCAUUCAACUGUUUUAUUUCCAAUGCCAAAGAAUCUUCUCCACCACCCUCAUGCCUUUUCCUUAAAAUCAUCUUCGUAUGCUGUCGUAUUGGACUUUGAUUUUCUGACUUCCUUUUGAAAAUGUCUUUUGAAGCUUCAUGAAAACACAAGAAUAAAGUCAGAUAUUGCCGCA